UUCCAAAUCAGAUUCCUUUUCCAAAUCCUGCUUUAACACCUUCCCAUUAUAAAAGCCCCCUAACAGCUUAGAAGAGAGAUACAGAGUCAGAAUUUUCUCGCCCUAAAGCUUGAAGCAGGUACAAUCUUAGCUCGGAGUCUGGCCUCAAGAAGUUCGACAAUUAUGGCUGGAAAGUCGUCAAUUCUGUUGGAUGUGAAGCCAUGGGAUGAUGAGACUGACAUGGAAAGGCUCGAGGAAGCUGUUAGAAGUAUUGAGAUGGAAGGAUUGACUUGGGGAGCAUCCAAUCUCGUACCUGUUGGAUAUGGUGUAAAGAAAUUGCAGAUUAUGAUGACCAUUGUGGAUGACUUGGUGUCCGUUGACAGUCUCAUCGAGGAAAGACUCACAGUUGAGCCGAUUGAUGAGUUUGUCCAGAGCUGCGAUAUUGUGGCCUUCAAUAAAAUAUAAAUUGAAAGCAUGUUGGAGUUUUGCUCGGAAUCGGUGCAGGAGAGGUUCGUGCUAGUGAAGAAUGAAGAUUCUGUUUACGCAGACUGAUUUUUAGUCAUAAAUGUCCACUUUAUUCCUAUGUUUUCUUUCUCCAAGACUUUGAUAUUAAGAAGUAUCAGUUACACCAUUUUGGAUUCUUAUCUAAAUUAAUGCUUUUCUUCCUUUACUAGGGUUA